AUGGCGACCGUUGAGCAGCUCCUUUUCCGUGCCGACAGUGAUGUCUUGCUCAAAGAGCCUACCGUGGACUCUAUCCCCGAUUCAAUUGUGCCAGAUGAAAAAUCUGCCACCGUCACCGCACCCGAAGUGACUGAGUCACCAGAGCUCGAAAAAGCUCCCACCGAGGAGCCUGUGACUUCGGAAGCUCAAGAAAAGAUUGCCGAUUCUACUGCGACAUUGGUUGAAACCGAAACUGCGGAGAAGGAAGCACACAUUGAGCCCGAACCUUCGGCCGAAAAGGCUGACAAGGUUGAGACCACAACCGAUGCCGCGACAGAGGCCAAGGCCGACGAAAAGGAGGAGAUCAACGAGUCCACAGCACCCACCACUGAAGAGGCAGCUCCUGCUCUGACAUCAGAGAAGGAGGAAGCCCCCGAGACUGAGACCGCUGACGUUCCUGCAAAGGACGAGACUAUCGAAACCGCCAAGGCCCCUGCUGCCGCCGAGGAGAAGCCCGUUGAAGCUACUACCGAAGAGAUCAAAUCCGAGGAAGCUGCACCAGUCGCCGCCGAACCCGAAAAGACCACAGAGACCCCCGCCGAAAAGGUUGAGGAGAUCGCCCCCGAGACUCAAUCUGCAGAGGCCACAGCGGAAGAGUCCGCACCUGUCGACGCUCCCAAGGAAGCCGAGCCCCAGCCCGAGGCCCCUGCCGUGGAGGAGACUAAGCCUGAAGAGGCCACCGAGUCAGUGAUUGAAGAAUCUAAGCCUGCGGAGGCAGCUGUCGAGGCCGUCGAGACCCCCGUGACUGAGGAAUCCGCCUCUGAAGCCCCCGUUGAGGAUGCUAAGGUCCCCGAAGAGGCUGCCGCUCCCACUGCCGAACCCGUCACCGAGGAGAAGUCCGUCCUUGAACCGACCACGGAGGAAACGAAGGCUGUCGAGGAAACCACUGCUCCCGCCGAGCCUGUAACUGAAGAAGUUUCCGAGUCGACUGCUGAUGCCACCGCAAAGGAGACCCAAGUCUCUGAAGAGGCUGCCGCUCCCGUCGCUGAGCCUGUCACCGAACCGGUCGAAGAGUCAAAGGUUGAGGCCGUACCUGAGGCCACUGAGGAGUCUAUCGCCGAGGAGCAGCCCGUUGAAGCUCCUACCGAGGAGAAGACUAUCACCGAACCCGCCGCUGAAUCUACCGAACAGGCUAAGUCCGAGGUCGCUCCCGAAGGCUCCGAGGAGACUGUUGCUGAGAUUCAGGCCGAGGAGACUGUCGAGCCUACUGAGCCUGUCUCCGAGGAGCCUGCUACCAAGGAGGUCGAGGCCGUUGCUGAGUCCACCAAGGAGGAGCCCGAGGCCGAGAUUGUCACCAAGGAAGUGACUGAAGAGGCUCCUAUUGAGCAGCCCGCCGUCGAGGAAUCGGUUGCCGAGCCAGUCAAGGAGGUUGAGGCUGUUGAGCCCGUUGCCGAGAAGACUGAGCAGGUUGUGGUUGUUGAAGAGCCUGCUCCUACUUCCGCUGAAGAAGAGACUGCUGAGACUCCUGCUGUCGAAACCCCUGCCGUCGAGGCCACCCCCGAAGUCGCCACUGAGACCAUUGAUGAGGCUACCCCCGCAGCUGUCGUCGAGGAGAAGGUCGAGGAGACCGCUGAGAAGACUGCCGAGGAGGUCUCUGCUGUCGAAGAGCCUAUCGCUGAAGCUCCCAAGGAGGAAGCCCCCGAGGCUGUCCCUGUUGAGGCAACCGUCGUCGAGGCUACCGAGGAGACUCCCGCUCUCGUUGCUGAGGUCGUUAAGGAGACCACCGAGGAGGCUAAGGAAGUGUCCGAGCCUACUAUUGAAGAGCCCGUCGCGGAGAAGGCUGUUGAGGAGCCAAUUGCUGAGACUACGAUUUCCGAGCCCACUGUUGACGUUGCUGUUGUUGAAGAGACCCCCGCCGUCGUUGAAGAGACUCCCGCCGCUGUUGCAGAGACCCCCGCUGCCGUUGAAGAGACUCCCGCAGUCGUUGAGGAAACUCCCGCCGUCGUUGAGGAGACCCCCGUCGUCGUUGAAGAGACUCCCGUCGUCGUUGAAGAGACUCCCGUCGUCGUUGAGGAAACUCCCGUCGUCGUUGAGGAAACUCCCGCCGUCGUUGAGGAAAUUCCCGCCGUCGUUGAGGAAAUUCCCGCCGUCGUUGAGGAGACCCCCGUCGUCGUUGAAGAGACUCCCGUCGUCGUUGAAGAGACUCCCGUCGUCGUUGAGGAAACUCCCGUCGUCGUUGAGGAAACUCCCGCCGUCGUUGAGGAAAUUCCCGCCGUCGUUGAGGAGACCCCCGUCGUCGUUGAAGAGACUCCCGUCGUCGUUGAAGAGACUCCCGCAGUCGUUGAGGAGACUCCUGCUGACAUUCCCGAGGACAAUGCCGAGAAGGAGCCCGAGACUAUCCCUACCCCUGUCGAGGAACCUGUCUCUAAGGAUGCCGAGCCUUUGGCUGCUGAGGAAGAUGUGGCUAUUGGUGCUGCCGCCGUCGCUGCCGGCAUUGCUGCUGUUGGUGCGGCUGCUGCCGCCGAGGAAUCUUCUGACGCUGUCCCUGAGAAAGAGGUUUCUGAAAUCGCUGCUGUUCCUGAGUCUGUUGCUGAGGAAAUCGCCGAGACUGUUGCCGAGACUGUCGCCGAGGCUACCGAGACCGUCGCUGAAGCCGCUGUCGAGGAGCCCGUCACUGAGUCCACUGAGUCUAUCGCUGAGCCCAUCGCCGAAACUAUUAAGGAGCCCGUCACUGAAGCCGUUGUCGAGGAGCCUGUCGCCGAGCCCGUCACUGAGACCGCUGCUGAGCCCAUUGCCGAAACUAUCGAGGCGCCCGUCACUGAAGCUGUCGUAGCUGAGCCUGUCGCUGAGACCGCUGCUGAGACCGCUGUUGAGGAGCCUGUCGCUGAAGUUGUUGUUGAGGAGCCCACCAAAGAGCUCGAGGUCACCCAGGAGGAGACUAAGAUCGAGGAAGCUGCUGCCCCUACCCCGGCUCCCACCGAGACUGUUUCUGAGCCUACUGCUGUGAAGGAGGCCGAGCCCGUGGCUGAAGCUCCCGCUGAGAAUUCCGUUGAGGAGGUCCAGCAGAAAUCUGCCAAGGAUGAUACUCUUACUUCCGAGAUCCUUGGUGGUACCGCUGCUGCCACUGCUGCUGCAGGUGUCGUCGCCGUCGGUGUGGCCGCUCUCGUUCAUGAAGAGUCCCCUGCAAAGGACCAGAAGGAUACUCAGGACGCUGAAGCAAGCAAGGAGCCUAGUGCUGAGACUGACAACCAGCCCGAGGUUCCCGCAGCCAACACUCAAUCCCAAGACGGUAAGCCAGCACCGUUCUAUCUCUCACAGCAGCCCUCUGCCAUGUCGUUCGACACUGAUCCCAGUCUUGCAGCCCUCGCUGGUGACCGCGAUGCCUUGCUCAACAAGCUCAACCAGCCCUCCAGUGACAAGCUGGCCGCUACUUCCACCGACAAGACCGCCGAGCCCGUCCAGCCAGAGACCCAGCCCGCUACCGAGCCUACCCAGGAAACCACCGAGACUUCCAAGUCCUCCGACGCCCUAGCGCCCAAGAACAACGAUGAUGAUGCUCGUCCCGCGAGCCAGAACCGGUCAGUGACUGCUGUUUCUCUGAAUAAUGCACCUGACAGCUGGCUCAAAGCCAUCCUGCGCUCUGUCUUUUCGGGAUUCUUUGGAACCAUUUUCUCUCCUUUCCGUCGUGGAAAGUCUUCCAACUAG